UCGUCGUUGGGUGCUAUUAUUCAUCGUGUUUGGCCCCUUGAGUUUGGCAUCUUCGUCUACUACAUUUGGUCUCUUAGGUUUGGUUUCUCUUCUUAAAACUAUCUCUAGUAUACUCUUGGCUUUAUUUUUGGCACGUCAUUAUAUAACUUUGUUAGUAG